CAAGUCACCACUCGGUCUUUUGGCAAGGCCGUUGACGAAACUGGUCAAUGUCUCUUUUGUAAAAAAUGAGAAUUCUGUGUAUUUCAUGCCUGCUAUGGACUAUUCUUUUCACACGUCAAGUUAAAGAUUUAUCGUGCGGAAGGCCACCACGAGUGUCCAACGCUGAACCUCAGUACACAGCCACUAAUUUAAGUUCCAUUGUUACUUACAUUUGUAACGAGGGUUACACAUUGUCUGGGGCAGCAAAGAGAACUUGCCGGGCAAACGGCAGGUGGGACGGCGUGGGACCUAACUGCUUAAAAAUGUGCACUUUACCAAAAAUUCCAUUUUCUACAUACAUCACAAAUCCCGUAAAUUACAACCGAAUAUACAGGACUGGCGAGAGAAUUACUUUGGCCUGCAGAGACGGGUUUACAACGAAGCCAGGUGGAAAUCCUGUGCGGAUUUGCAUCAGCGGAUUGUGGACUCGAUUUCCGUUUCAGUGCGAAGGUAACCAUACUUGUAAAAGGACCAUUCGAGCCCCACGAACUAAAUGUACAGAGCAGUGCAUUCCUGAAAGUGGGUGCGGUUCAGAUAAGGAAAAGUGCCUCUGUGAUGGAAGUUGUGGGUUCAGUUGCGUGGAAAUAGGAAUGUCUUGUGGAAAUCCACCGUCAAUCAGCAAUGGCAACCUCGUUUACAAUGAAACGAGUUACAACUCUACGGCCCAUUACACCUGCAAUGAAGGAUACAGUUUGAAUACACCUCCAGUCAAGAGAUGCACUGCUAAGAAACGCUGGGAAGGCCUCACUCCUAGAUGCUUGGAAGACUGCAAACCGCCAGCUAUUCCUAGAAACGCAAAUAUUUCAAACCCGAAAAAGAAAUACCAUUCUGGUUAUAAAGUCACAUUUAAAUGUAAUGAAGGUUACAACCAAGAAGGAAUGGCGACACAAAUGUGUUUCCUUGGAAGUUGGACAGUGUUGCCUUUUAAAUGUACAGAGGGGGGAUGUGGAGACCCUGGCACACCCGAGAAUGGUCGGAAGCUGGGAGUCACAUAUUCUGUCAACAGCAGGGUCUAUUUUGAUUGCGACUUGGGCUAUGAACUAGAGGGGUCAGAAGAACGCAAGUGUCAACUAAAUGGAAGCUGGACAGGAAUUCAACCAGUGUGUAAAGUUGUAAACUGUGGCUUUCCGCCCCGACCAACGAAUGGAACAUUUAUUGGCAACGAAACAACUUUCAGAAGUGUACUAGAAUUCAAAUGCGAUGAAGGUUUUGAAUUGCAAGGCACUGUUAGAAGAAUGUGCACCUCGGACAAAAGUUGGGGUGGGAAGGCAGUGACAUGUACUGCUGUCGACUGUAGGAGCUUCGAUUCUCCCAAGAACGGCUCUUUGAUCGGAAAAGAAACCACGUACCCAAACCAUGUGGAGAUCAGGUGCGAUGAAGGAUUUGCCCUGCUCGGACCUAGCAGAAGAACAUGCCAAGCGAACGGAAAGUGGAGCGGAAAUAAAACAGAAUGUAAAGCGGUUGAUUGUGGUGCUUUAUUUGUUCCUGCGAAUGGUUCUUCCAUCGGCACUGAAACGACAUUUCCUAACAAGAUAAGAUUCAGUUGCCACCCUGGAUUCGAUCUGGAUGGGUCCUCUGUGAGGAUGUGCAUGCCUAACAAGACCUGGAGUGGCGAAAAGCCAGUUUGUAAAGCCGUGGACUGUAGAAAGCUCUCUCCUCCUAUGAACGGAUCAGUGAUAGGGGAAGAGACCACCUUCCCGAACGAAGUGGAAAUCAGCUGUGAUAAAGGUUUCAUUUUACGUGGAUCACGCCGCAGGAAAUGUGAAGCGGAUAGAAAAUGGAGCGGAGACACUACAAACUGUGAAGCCAUCAACUGCGGCAAGCCAAAACUGCCAGACCACGGUUCUGUCUCAGGAGUAUCUACAAGAUACCCUCACUCAAUAACAUUUACUUGCGAUAUCGGAUAUGAAAUCCAAGGGUCUGUUGUGAGAAAAUGCCAAGCCGAUGGGAAAUGGAGUGGAAAUAAAACUACCUGUAAACCUAUUGACUGUGGGCCGCUUCGGACGCCGAGCAAUGGUUCUAAGGCCGGCAAUAAAACAACUUUCCUAAAUACAGUCCAUUUCUUUUGCAAUGAGGGAUUUUUUCUGAAGGGAUCCUCGAAGAGAACUUGUGGGGCUGAUAAGCAAUGGAGUGGAGCUGAGACGUCCUGCAAAGCGGUUGACUGUGGUUCUUUAACUGUUCCUCAAAAUGGUAGCAAGCUUGGACAGGAGACAACAUAUCCUAAUUAUAUCAAAUUUAGCUGUGAUGAAGGGUUCAUCUUGUUGGGAUCAACAUUAAGGAGCUGUUUGGCAAAUGGCACUUGGAGUGGUAUGCAAACACUUUGCAAAGCGAAAGACUGUGGUCCACUUGCAUCGCCGUCAAAUGGAUCUUCCUUUGGACGCGACACUACCUUCCCAAAUGUCAUAUCAUUCUACUGCGAUGUGGGCUUCCUAAUGAUUGGGUCACAAACACGAAAAUGCCAGGUCAACGGCAAGUGGAGUGGCAACGAAACAACUUGUAGAGCUGUGGAAUGCGGUUCACUUGCGAUGCCAUUAAAUGGUUCUACGUAUGGCGAACUUACCACUUAUCCCAAUAAGGUGUACUUUAAUUGCGAUGAAGGAUUUGUCCUUGAAGGAUCCUCUGUAAGACUUUGCAUGGCAAAUGGAUCUUGGAGUGGAAAUGAGACUUACUGUGCAGCUAUUAACUGCGGUGAAUUAGCUGUUCCAGAAAAUGGAACGUUACGAGGAUCUGCCACUACCUUCCCGGGUAGAGUUGAUUUUUCUUGUUACGAGGGCUUUGUACUCGAGGGAUCUAAUUUCAGAACGUGCCAAGCCAAUGGAACAUGGAGUGGAGUGAACACAUCUUGCAGAGCUAAGGAUUGUGGGCAUCUCCCUUUUCCAACGAAUGGCUCAGUUUUUGGAAGUCAAACUACUUUUCCCAACAAGCUGGAAUUCUCAUGUGACAACGGCUUUGACCUGAUUGGGUCUACUGUCAGGAAGUGUGAAGCAAACGGGUUAUGGAGCGGACAACAACCAACUUGUCAAGCUGUUGAUUGCGGUUUAUUGCCUUUACUUCUGAAUGGCACGUAUCUGGGAAAUUUGACCACGUAUCCAAAUGAGGUGUUAUCGUUCUGCGACGAGGGAUUUUUGUUGAAAGGUUCUGCAAAACGAUUCUGCCAGGCGAACAGAACUUGGAGCGGAAUCCAAUCAACAUGUGUAGCAAUUGAUUGCGGAGCACUUAGUGUGCCAAUGAAUGGGAGUUUAAAGGGCACCAGGACAUAUUUUCCGAACGUAUUGCAGUUUUCUUGCGGUGCUGGCUUUAUCCUGGGCGGAUCCACGGAAAGACAGUGUUUAGCCGACGGUUCAUGGAGCGGAGAUGACACAUUUUGUAAAGCGGUUGACUGUGGUCCCUUGCCUGUUCUAAGAAAUGGAUCCUCUCACGGUGACAUGACCGUUUACCCCAACAGUGUCUGGUUUUCCUGUGACACUGGAUUUUUGCUUAGGGGAUCGUCGAGGAGAACAUGCCAGGCAAAUGGAACUUGGAGUGGCUCUUUGACCCAAUGCAAUCCUGUUAAUUGCGGACUAGUCGCAGCCCCCACAAAUGGCUCUAUGCGUGGAAAUUACACAACGUUUCCAAACAAACUGCUUUUUUACUGCGACGAUGGCUUUAUACUGAACGGAUCGUCCACGCGACGUUGUACGGAAACUGGGAUAUGGAGUGGUGAAGAAACAGUGUGCAUUGCCAAAGACUGCGGCUUCCUUAGGACUCCAAAGAAUGGGUCUAUGGUUGGAACUGAGACCACUUUUCCAAAUGCAGUCACGUUUAGUUGUGAUGAAGGUUUUUUAAUACAUGGUCCGAAAGAAAGGAAAUGCGAAAAGGACGGAACUUGGAGUGGAAACGAAACUAUAUGUACAGCCAUUGAUUGUGGACAGUUAAAGGCUCCUACAAACGGGUCAUUGCAUGGCGACCGUACAGUUUUUCCUGAAGGCCUACGAUUUAACUGUGAUAUUGGCUUUAUAAUGAGUGGAUCACCCGUUCGACAGUGCCAACCAAACGGUACAUGGAGUGGGACUGAAACCACUUGCAGUGCGAUCGAUUGCGGUAGGCUUCCAGUUCCACUAAAUGGCUCAGUUUACGGAGAUAAAACCACGUAUCCCAACGUUUUGCACUUUUUAUGUCACGAGGGGUUCGCUCAGCAUGGUUCUACUGAGAGAAGGUGUCGGUCGAAUGGAACUUGGAGUGGGACGAGUACUUUUUGCCAAGCAAAUGACUGCGGGCCUCCUUCGGUACCCAUCAAUGGCUCAUCUCUUGGAACUGAGACAACUUUUCCAAACAAGGUUACCUUUCGCUGCGACGAAGGUUUUAUUCUUGUUGGAUCAACUAUCCGUCAGUGCCAGGCAAAUGCUAGCUGGAGUGGGGUGGACACAUCAUGUGAAGCAAUUGACUGCGGCUUUCUGGAUGCACCUACGAAUGGGUCUCUAUCUGGCAAUCUCACUGUAUACCCAAACACAAAGUACUUUACUUGUGACCCUGGUUUUUUCUUGGCUGGCUCUUCAGAGAGAACUUGUCGAGCCAAUGGAACUUGGAGUGGAACUAACACUACCUGCACUGCCAUCGAUUGUGGAAGACUUUCCACUUUGAUGAAUGGUAGUGUGUAUGGCGAACAGACAAUAUAUCCGAAUGCUCUAAAAUUUGAAUGUGAUGAAGGAUUCACACUUCUGGGAUCAGCAGUCAGAAAAUGCCAGACUAAUGGAACAUGGAGUGGUGUCGAGCCUUUCUGUCAAGCAAAUGAUUGUGGAAGUCUAUCAGUUCCACUAAACGGAUCCCUGUUCGGGAAUGAGACAACUUUCCCAAAUGUUAUUACCUUCAGCUGCGACGAAGGUUUCAUAUUGAAGGGAUCGAAUGUCAGAAGGUGUCAAGCCAAUAAGACAUGGACUGGAGAAGCUACUUUUUGCGAUGGUGUCGAUUGUGGCCCACUUGACCCUCCAAUGAAUGGCUCUUUAUUUGGUAACCUCACAGUUUAUCCAAACAGCGUUCGGUUUGCUUGUGAUCCGGGUUUUAUUCUUAGUGGUUCCUCUGUGAGAACGUGUCAGUCGAAUGAUAUCUGGAGCGGAUCUGAAGCAAAGUGUAGUGCUAUCGAUUGUGGGUCAUUACCUGUUCCACAAAAUGGAAGUGUACUAGGCAAAACGACCGUAUACCCCAGCAUUCUGCAAUUCACAUGCGACGAAGGAUUUGCACUGCACGGAUCUAGUCACAGAAAGUGUCAAACAAAUGGAACAUGGAGUGGAAACAACUCUCUUUGCAAAGCGAAUGACUGUGGUCCUUUGUCAGUACCUAUGAACGGCACCUCAUUUGGAAAUCUAACAACUUUUCCUAACGAGAUCAGCUUUGCUUGUGAUGAAGGUUUCAUUUUACAUGGAUCUGCUUUAAGAAAUUGCCAAGCUAACAAGCUCUGGAGUGGAAAUGACACAUUUUGUGAAGCUGUUGAUUGCGGUUACUUAGAUGCGCCCAAGAAUGGCUCUUUGUCUGGCGACUUGACGAUGUUCCCAAAUAGUUUGGAAUUUCAGUGUGCCUCGGGGUUUAUUCUCAAAGGGUCCAACAUUAGAGAGUGCCAAGCGAACGGUACAUGGAGUGGAUUAAAGACUACGUGUCAUGCUAUUGAUUGUGGACAAAUACAAAUCCCUCAAAAUGGAAGCAUGAUUGGCAAAAACACGACCUAUCCCAACACGCUGCGGUUUUCUUGUGAUGCUGGGUUCACACUUGUCGGAGCCCCCGUUAGAAAGUGUCAAGCAAAUGGAACAUGGAGUGGAACCGACGCAUUAUGUCAAGCAAAUGACUGCGGAUCUUUGUCCGUUCCCUUGAAUGGCAGCCUAUCUGGUAAUCUGACUACUUAUCCCAACAAGGUCAGCUUUAGCUGCGAUGAGGGUUUCAUUCUGAGAGGGUCUGCAGUACGACAGUGUCAACUUAAUAAACAGUGGAGUGGAAAUGACUCAUUUUGUGAAGCUAAAGAUUGUGGAAUGCUCACUAUACCCACGAAUGGAUCGCUGGAAGGAUCACAGUCAACAUUUCCAAACAAAGCUAUUUUCGGAUGUGAUGAGGGCUUUAUCCUGAGAGGCUCCAGAGUUAGGGGAUGUCUAUCAAACGGCAAGUGGAGUGGAAACAAAACAUUCUGCGAAGCUAAAGAUUGUGGUGAGCUAAUGACUCCAACCAACGGCUCUUCAUUUGGUAACCUAACAACAUAUCCGCACGAAGUGAUAUUCAGUUGCGACGACGGUUUUAUUCUGCGAGGGUCGAGAACAAGGCAAUGCUUGUCAAGUGGAAACUGGAGUGGGAACACCACUAUCUGCGUCGCUAUCGAUUGUGGAGAGCUUAUGACUCCACAGAAUGGCAAAAUGUUUGGUGAAAUGACAACGUACCCAAAUAUCUUAAGGUUCGAUUGUGACGAAGGCUUCAUUUUGACCGGAUCAUCCAUGAGGAAAUGCGGAACGAAUGGUACUUGGAGUGGCAGUGAAACUAAGUGUCAAGCUAAAGAUUGUGGUCCCCUAGCCGUUCCAGUGAACGGCUCAUCUGUUGGCGAUCUGACAGUAUUUCCUCACAAGGUCGUCUUCAAUUGCGAUGAAGGAUUUCUCCUCAGCGGCUCUCAUGUCAGACAUUGCCAAGCUAAUGGAACUUGGAGUGGAAAUCAGACAUUCUGUCAAGCUGUCGACUGUGGCACUUUAUCUGUUCCUACGAACGGCUCCUCUCUUGGUGCAGCAACAGUUUACCCAAAUAGUCGGCGUUUUAUCUGUGAUCCUGGAUUCAUCCUAAACGGAUCCGCUGUGAGGACGUGUCAGCCAAAUGGAACAUGGAAUGGUUUUCCAACCACAUGUAGUGCUGUUGACUGUGGUCGGCCCCAGCCUUUGCGAAAUGGGAGCGUCAUUGGAGAAAACACUGUGUAUCCAAAUUUUCUCAUUUACGAUUGCGACGAAGGUUUUAUCCUUCGAGGCCCCGCUAAGAUAAAAUGCCAAACUAAUGGAACUUGGAGCCGAACUGACAGCUUUUGUGAAGCUAAGGAUUGCGGUAAUCUUUCAAAGCCAUUAAAUGGUUCCAUGACAGGUCAUGAAACAACUUUUCCUAACAAAGCUACUUUUGAUUGCGAUGAAGGAUUUAUUUUAAAUGGUUCAAGUGUCAGGCAUUGCCAGUCGAAUGGGUCUUGGAGUGGCACAGAGACCUCGUGCAUAGCUGUUGACUGUGGUUCUUUAUCUACACCCAUGAACGGUUCAUUUCAUGGUGUGUCUACAGUGUUUCCCAACAGUGUACAAUUUAGUUGUGACCCUGGAUUUAUUUUGAGUGGAUCAUCAGAGAGAACUUGUCGACCCAAUGGAACUUGGAGUGGGUUCACAACAGUAUGCACUGCGAAAGACUGUGGUCCUCUUACCGUCCCAACAAAUGGCUCCAGUAUUGGUUCUCUUACUACUUUUCCGAAUAAGAUUGACUUUAGUUGUGACAAAGGUUUUCUCCUGAGAGGCUCUCAGACGAGGCACUGUGAGAAAAAUGGAACAUGGAGUGGAAAUCGGACCUUUUGUCAAGCUGUUGAUUGUGGCUCCUUAUCUGUUCCUGUGAACGGCUCCUCUUCCGGUGACUCCACUGUAUUUCCUAAUAGUGUGCUUUUUUACUGUGAUAUGGGCUUCAUUCUCAGUGGAUCUAUUGUAAGGACAUGUCAGCCUAAUGCGACAUGGAGUGGUUCUCCAACUGCAUGUAGUGCCGUCGACUGCGGUUCUUUAUCUGUUCCCAUGAAUGGAUCUUCCUCUGGUAACUCAACGGUGUUCCCCAAUAGCGUAUACUUUCAAUGUGAUCCUGGUUUUCUUCUCAAUGGAUCUGUCAUAAGGACUUGCCAGGCAAAUGGGACAUGGAGUGGAUUUGAAGGCCUUUGCAGUGCUGUUGAUUGCGGCGAUCCUCAGCCUUUACAGAAUGGAAGUAUUGUUGGCAAAAAGACAGUCUAUCCAAAUGAUGUCAUUCACAGAUGUGAUGAAGGAUUCAUUCUGCAUGGUUCCUCGAGAAUUACAUGUCAGACAAAUGGAACGUGGAGCAAAACUUCAAGCUAUUGCGAAGCCAAAAACUGCGGUGCUCUGGAUAUUCCUACGAAUGGUUCAAUAACUGGAAACAAGACAACCUAUCCAAAUACAGUUCAUUUUAGCUGCGACGACGGAUUUAUCAUGAAGGGAUCCACUGCAAGACAGUGUCAAGCAGAUAGGACUUGGAGUGGUAAUGACACUUCUUGUGAAGCUGUCGAUUGUGGUCCUCUUUUGGUUCCCGUAAAUGGCUCUUCUUCUGGUAACUCCACAGUUUUUCCCAACAACAUAAUUUUCAAAUGUGAUCCUGGAUUCAAUAUGUAUGGAUCCCCCAUGAGGAUGUGUCAGGCUAAUGGGACUUGGAGUGGAAAAGCGGUCUCAUGUGCCGCGAAAGAUUGUGGUCUGCUUACAGUUCCGACGAACGGUUCGUCAACCGGCGAGCUGACAUUCUUUCCAAAUGAGAUCACCUUUAAUUGUGAUAAAGGUUUUCUUCUCAAAGGCUCUCCCAUCAGGCAAUGUCAAGCAAAUGGGAACUGGAGUGGAAAUCAGACCUUUUGUGAAGCUGUCGAUUGUGGUCCUUUAUCAAAUCCUAUGAACGGCUCCUCUUCUGGCGACUCCACAGUGUUCCCCAAUAGUGUGCAAUUCGACUGCGAUUCAGGGUUCGUUCUAAGUGGAUCCCACGAAAGGAAAUGCCUGGCGAAUGGGUCCUGGAGUGGUCUUCCGACUGUAUGUAGUGCCGUCAACUGUGGUCCUCUAUCCGUUCCGAAGAAUGGUUCCUCAUCUGGUAACUUUACAGUGUUUCCCAAUAAUGUAGUUUUUAGCUGUAAUCCUGGAUUCAUUCUCGAUGGUUCUGCCACGAGGAAGUGCCGGGCAAAUGGAACAUGGAGUGGAUUGCAAACCGUAUGUAAUGCUAUUGACUGUGGUAUGCCCCAGCCCUUACAGAAUGGCACUGUCAUUGGUGAAAAGACCGUGUAUCCCAAUUUUGUGACUCACGUUUGCGAUGAAGGAUUCAUUCUUCGUGGCCCUGCAAGAAUAAAGUGUCAGACGAAUGGGACCUGGAGCAAAAGCUCCAGCUUUUGUGAAGCCAAGGAUUGUGGUGCACUUCCUAUUCCUUUGAACGGCUCUGUGACAGGACAAAAAACUACUUUUCCCAACGAAGUUACUUUAAGCUGUGAUGAAGGUUUUAUUUUGAAUGGCUCAACAGUCAGGCAGUGUGAGGCUAAUGGGUCCUGGGGUGGAAUUCAAACAUCGUGCAAAGCUGUUGAUUGCGGUUCUUUGUCAGUUCCUAAGAAUGGAUCUUCCUUUGGCGACUCCACAGUCUUCUCAAAUAGUUUACUGUUUGCUUGCGAUCCCGGAUUUAUUCUUGAUGGAUCCCACAAGAGGACGUGUCAGGCAAAUGGGACGUGGGAUGGGCUUGAAACUGUCUGUACUGCAAAAGAUUGUGGUGCCUUGGAAAUCCUAUCGAAUGGUUCUUUACAUGGUGAUCUCACAACAUUUCCGAACAAGAUCGAUUUAAGCUGUGAUGAAGGAUUUCUUCUCAGAGGCUCGCAAACCAGGCAAUGUCAAUCAAAUGGAACUUGGAGCGGAGUUCAGACAUAUUGUGAAGCUGUUGAUUGUGGCCCCUUGUCUAUUCCGAUGAAUGGCUCCAUUUUUGGUAACUCCACUGUGUUCCCAAAUAAUGUGCAGUUUCGUUGCGAUUCUGGAUUUAUUCUUAAUGGUUCAGCUGUGAGAACGUGUCAGUCUAAUGGAAUUUGGAAUGGAAUUGAAACUGUAUGUGUCGCUGUUGACUGCGGACAUUUACCUGUUCCAAUGAAUGGUUCCUCUUCUGGAGACUCUACAAUUUUCCCCAAUUCCAUAAAAUUUAGUUGUGAUCCAGGCUUUAUUUUGAGUGGAUCCGCCUCAAGGAUGUGCCAGACUAAUGGAACAUGGGGCGGCUUCUCGACUGUUUGUAGCGCCGUGGAUUGCGGUCCGUUACCACCUUUGCAAUAUGGUAGUUACAGAGGGAAAAGCACAGUGUUCCCAAACGUUGUGAACGCAGUUUGUGAUGUGGGAUUCAUUCUCCGAGGAUCAUCACGUGUUAAGUGUCAAGCAAACGGAAGGUGGAGUUUGAAUGAUACUUUUUGUGACGCAAAGGACUGUGGAAAUGUACCAAGGCCGCUCAACGGAUCUGUGAUUGGUGACAAGACUACAUAUCUAAGUGAAGUGGAAUUUAAGUGUGACGCAGGAUUUUACCUCCAAGGAUCCGCCACCAGGCGUUGUGAAGCCAGUGGCCAGUGGAGUAGAGUGGAGGUCACAUGCCAAGCGGUUGAUUGUGGUCCUUUGGCUGCUCCUGAACAUGGCGUUGCCCAUGGUAACUCUACAGCAUAUCCCAAUACGAUCACCUUUAGUUGUAACACAGGAUUCUCCUUACACGGGGCAUCGUCUCGAACAUGCCAAGCAGACGGGACAUGGACGAGUGGAGAAACGCAUUGCCAAGGAGAAGAUUGUGGUAAACUGUUACCUCCUGAAAAUGGUUGGAUGUUUGGUUCUGACACAUCUCACCCCAGUGUGAUAGUGUUCAGUUGUGCACAUGGGUACAGUUUAGAAGGGUCCACUGAAAGAACUUGCUUGAGGAAUGGUUCAUGGAGUGGUCAACAACCAAAAUGCCUUUCUCACUGGUGUAACCAGGCUCCAGAUAUCCCUGCAUUUGCAUACCAGACAUGGAGAGCUGAGAGAGAUCGUUACGAAGACGGAGAACGUAUCUACUACAGCUGUAAAGCAGGCCUCAUGAUGAUCGGCACUCCGAUGAGAAAGUGUGUAAAGGGUCGCUGGACAAAAGCUAAUUUCCACUGCAGCGCGCCAAACUGUGAUGCUCCCCCAAUUCCAAAAUUUGCCUACCUUACUUGGGCUCGUGGUGCACGGAGUAAAUACCUCAACGGCGAGACUGUAUACUACAGUUGUCGAGUUGGUUAUGAGCUUGUGGGAAUUCCUUAUAUCGACUGUAAAGACAACGGCUGGACACAAAUCGACUUUACUUGCAAAGCUGUUGAUUGCGGUUUGUUAGGCAGCCCCUUGAACGGUGGCAUCACGAAGAAGACAGGAAACACUUUUGGAGCAGUAUACGUGUUCGAGUGUGAUGAAGACAAGGGCUACCUCAUGGCGGGGUCUAAAGAGAGACGAUGCCUAGCUAACGCCACAUGGAGCGGAGUACAACCAGUCUGCAAGUUGCGAAGUUGUGAUGCUCCAAGCCAGCCAUUGCACGGGAAGUUUAAGUCAGAGUCUCGACGCAAGUACUACUUUGAAAAUGUAGUGGGGUACCUGUGCAAUAAUGGAUACUCUCUUCGUGGUCAUGAAAGGACGAAAUGCUUGAUUCAUGGUAACUGGAGUCAUGCACCACCCACUUGUAAGGGAUGUUCCAAACCUCUUGGUUUAAAAAGUAGAAUGAUCUUCAGCCGCCAGCUGUCAGCGUCAUCUGAGCGAGAUUCGCGUCAUACUGCCCGACAUGGCCGUCUUGAUGGUAACAGCGCUUGGUGUUCUGCGAGAAGCAGCUUUGCUAAAUAUUUUCAGAUCGAUUUUGGCCGCACAGUUGAGGUGACGUCUGUUGCCACUCAAGGACAUCCGAGAGAAGACAAAUGGAUGCAGAGAUACGUACUGAGAUAUUCACUGGGGAAGAAUUGGUUCACUUACCAGGAAUCACGGCGUGAUAAAGUGUUUAAUGGAAACAAGGAUGGCAGCAGCAUUGUCAGACACUAUUUAAAGGAGCGGCUGGUGGCAAAAAAAUUGAGAAUACUACGCCACGAGAACUCGCGAGACUUUAUGGGGUCCACUGUGUGCUUGAGGGCCGAGGUGUAUGGAUGUUCCUUCGAAACAGACUGUCUUACCUUCGGUUCUGAAGUAUUUGCUCACUGGAAUUCCGUCAAGAAACAUACACGCUACAUUCAUGGCUACGUUACGAAGGUUCGCCAAACUAGUGUCGAUGUAUCUCCCUCGGGUAAACAUGGCGGAAACGCAAACAGUAUCUUUGAAUUACCGAGAGAAAAGGAAUUUUACGUUAUCAACGAUAGAAAAUCCAGUUCACAAGAGAUACGCAUUGGGUCGGAAGUCAUCGUAGCUUCCUCGGACAAGGUCGGCUUUUCCCAAGGCAUAGUGACGAAGAAAUAUUUUACCUGGUACGGAGUUGAAAUUGGCAACGGAAAGACGGUCUGGGGGACUGUGGACAAUAUCAGGCUUCUUAAAAGACCAAUUUACUGUGAAAAAGAAUAUAUAACGGCAUAAAAUGUUUCAUUUUUUUCAAGGAAUAAUUGACUGGACAUUUUGAAGCAACUCUGUGCAACUUUAAUUUGUUUACGAUUAAGAUAGUGGGUACCGUUCUUUUUUAGCCUUCGUAGAAUGUUUAAGAGUUAAAGAGACUGAAUCUUAAAAGAGUUCCACAACUCUCACUAGAGAGUCAAUUCUUAAUCUAAUUAUUUUGGGUUUUGGUAAUUGUUUUUCUUUUUACAACAGCAUAGAUUACUCACAAUACAUAAACUGUCGUACAAAACAUCACUAAAAAUGAGCUGCUUACAAUCUAUUUCAUACAAUUAUUACAAUACUAACACUACCUAUAACUUUGGAUUAAUUUUGAAUGCACGAAAGCGUCUAUGAAUUAACAUGGAGGGCCCAAUUAAGUAUCAUCAGUAGUCAGACAAUGAUCAAAAGAUCUUAACUUGCAGAUUUCCUAGAAAAGUCAAACAGGUUGUGUAUUUCUCAUCUUUAAUGCUUCGUGUUACGUUGAAAAAGACAGAUAAAAAAGGACAACUUCAUCGACUUCUAGCUAAUAUUUGAGAAAAUAAAUUGUAUUUUUGAGAAAAAA